GGAUGAUUAUUCACCAGCCUUCUGGGCAGGACCGCCCACUCACCUCAUCUCUACCCCUGAGGGUUCUGAGUCAUGGGGACUUUGGUGAGCGGGACUGAUGGCUUGGAAUGGUGCAAGUUUGAGCAAGCGAGAGGAAUGAAGGGCCCUUUGGGAACAUAAGGCCCACCCAGCACGAUGACCUCACCGAAGGGGCAGGGCUAGGAUUUGGCUCCUCCUAGUUCCCCCCUCCCAGCUGGCACCCCUGGCAAUUUCUAAUGCGCAGAGAGACAGUAUUGCAUGUGCCAGUAGAUAUGGGUAUAGACCUUAUCAUGGGGCUGCCAGGUGCCAGAGCUGGCAGUCUAUCUGGGGACAGCGAGGCCCAAGAGGACAAGCACUUGGUCACUCGCCCAGGUCAGGAGCAGGCCAGAGGCCCGGCUGGGAUCAGGAUCGAGUGCUCCCAGGCAGUGCUCCCACACGGAGGGUGCCAGCGGCCCCACAGCCCAGCAGGGCCGUGGAAGUGCUUUAGACCGGGGAGGCCUCUGGGGUUCUGUAAGCACUGGAGCCCUGGCCCCUCGCUUCACGGUCACGGUGCAGACAGGACUGCGAUUGGGUGUGUGGCUCUGCACAGAGCCCGUGCGCUGUGUGCGUGGUCGUGCGGGACCCCGGUGCUGUGGGAGCUCCGUACCCCGAGGACGCGGCCAUGCCGGGCGGGGCCGAGGCUGGGGAGGCCGAGGAGGAGGCUGGGGCCGGCUCCGGGUCCGAGGCGGAGGAGGACGCUCUGUGGGAGCGGAUCGAGGGCGUCCGGCACCGGCUGACUCGCGCCCUCAACCCGGCCAAGCUGACGCCCUAUCUGCGCCAGUGCCGGGUCAUCGACGAGCAGGACGAGGAGGAGGUGCUGAGCACCUACCGCUUCCCGUGCCGUGUCAACCGCACCGGGCGCCUGAUGGACAUCUUGCGCUGCCGUGGCAAGAGGGGUUAUGAGGCCUUCCUGGAAUCGCUGGAGUUCUACUACCCCGAACACUACACGCUGCUCACAGGCCAGGAGCCCGCCCAGCGCUGCUCCAUGAUCCUUGAUGAGGAGGGGCCGGAAGGCCUGACCCAGUUCCUGAUGACGGAGGUGCGCCGGCUGCGGGAGGCUCGCAAGAGCCAGCUGCAGCGGGAGCAGCAACUGCAGGCUCGGGGCCGGGUGCUGGAGGAGGAGCGGGCGGGGCUGGAGCAGCGGCUGCGGGAGCAACAGCAGGCUCAGGAGCGCUGCCAGCGCCUCAGGGAGGACUGGGAGGCGGGCAGCCUGGAGCUGCUGCGGCUCAAGGACGAGAACUACAUGAUCGCCAUGCGCCUGGCCCAGCUCAGCGAGGAGAAGAACUCCGCAGUGCUGCGCAGCCGGGACCUGCAGCUGGCGGUGGAUCAGCUGAAGCUCAAGGUGAGCCGGCUGGAGGAGGAGUGCACCCUGCUGCGGAGGGCCAGGGGGCCGCUCCCCGGGGCCGAGGACAAGGAGAAGGACAAGGAGCCGGACAGCGUGGACCUGGUCUCCGAGCUGCGCGCCGAGAACCAGCGGCUGACUGCGUCCCUGCAGGAGCUUCAGGAAGGCCUGCAGCAGGAAGCGAGCAGGCUGGGGGCCCCAGGCUCAGAGCGCAUCCUCCUGGACAUCCUGGAGCAUGACUGGCGGGAGGCUCAGGACAGCAGGCAGGAGCUGUGCCAGAAGCUGCAUGCCGUCCAGGGGGAGCUGCAGUGGGCUGAGGAGCUGCGAGACAAGUACCUGCAGGAGAUGGAGGACCUGCGGCUGAAGCAUCGCACACUGCAGAAGGACUGCGACCUCUACAAGCACCGAAUGGCCACGGUCCUGGCCCAGCUGGAGGAGAUCGAGAAGGAGCGGGACCAGGCCAUCCAGAGCCGUGACCGGAUCCAGCUGCAGUACUCCCAGAGUCUCAUUGAGAAGGACCAGUACCGCAAGCAGGUGCGGGGCCUGGAGGCUGAGCGGGACGAGCUGCUGACCGCGCUCACCAGCCUGGAGGGCGCCAAGGCUCUGCUGGAAGCACAGCUACAGCGGGUCCAGGGCGGCCCCUGCCUCAAGGCUUGUGCCUCCUCCCAUUCCCUGUGCUCCAACCUCAGCAGCACGUGGAGCCUCAGCGAGUUCCCCCCGCUGCUAGGAGGUCCGGAAGCAGCUGGGGAGGCGGCCAUUAUGGGGGGAUCCGAGCCCCACACCUCGGAGGAGGCCACAGACAGCGAGAAGGAGAUCAACCGGCUCUCCAUCCUGCCCUUCCCCCCAAGCGCUGGCUCCAUCCUCCGCAGGCAGCGUGAGGAGGACCCUGCACCCCCGAAGAGGUCCUUCAGCAGCAUGUCCGACAUCACAGGGAGUGUUACGCUUAAGCCCUGGUCUCCUGGCCUCUCCUCGUCCUCAUCCUCCGAUAGCGUGUGGCCUUUGGGGAAGCCUGACGGCCUCCUGGCCAGAGGCUGUGGCCUGGAUCUCCUCAACAGGUCUCUGGCCAUCCGGGUGUCUUGCCGGAGCCCCCCGGGGGGGCCCGAGUCCCAGGACAAGGGCCCAGAUGGCCUGUCGUUCCUUGGGGACAGCUGGUCUGGGGCCGUGGUGCGGAGGGUGCUCUCUGGGCCAGGGUCUGCCAGGGCGGAGUCCAGAGAGCCAAGGGCCGAGGCUGCUGGCCUGGAGGGGGCAGGCCUGGAAGGUGAGGUCCAGCAGAGAACCUUGCCCUGGAACCAGGUGUCCACGCUCCCCUUCCUGAUGGACUUCAAGGCCUGUCAGUCCUUCCACGAGGCCCUCGACGCCUGGACAAAGGGGCUGAGCACCGAGCCCUUCUAUAUCCGAGCCAACCUCACCGUGCCCGAGCGAGCAGACCCUCAUGCGCUGUGUGUGAAAGCCCAGGAGAUCCUGCGUCUGGUGGACCCAGCGUACAAGCGGCGGCAGGAGUGGUUCUGCACCCGGGUCGACCCCCUGACGCUGCGGGACCUGGACCGGGGCACUGUGCCCAACUACCAGAGAGCCCAGCAGCUCCUAGAAGUUCGGGAGAAAGGCCUGCCCUCCAGCCGCCACCGAGGGUCCCGAAGUAAUCUGAAGAAGCGAGCCCUGGACCAACUCCGGCUGGUGAAGCCCAAACAUGGGGGAAGCUCUGCGGGGGAUUCUCCAGAGCAGCUGUUGCUGGAGCCCUGCUCAGAGCCCGAGCGAAGCCUCAAACCCUACAGCCUGGUGCGCCCGCUGCUGGUGUCCGCCCUGCGGCCCGUGGUGCUCUUGCCCGAGUGCCUGGCACCCCGGCUCAUCCGCAACCUGCUUGACCUGCCCAACUCCCGGCUGGACUUCCAAGUGUGCCCGGCGGAAAGCCUCUCUGGGGAGGAACAGUGCUCAUCCUCAGCACCUGGAGCCCCCAAAGCCCAGCCUGCCACCCCUGGGCUGGGCAGCAGGCUCCGUGCCAUCCAGGAGUCUGUCGGGAAGAAGCACUGCCUGCUGGAGCUGGGCGCACGGGGCGUGCGGGAGCUGGUCCAGAACGAGAUCUACCCCAUUGUCAUCCACGUGGAGGUGACAGAGAAGAAUGUCCGGGAAGUCAGGGGUCUGCUGGGCCGGCCCGGCUGCCGGGACUCGGAGCUGCUGCGGCAGUGCCAUCGCUCGGAGCAGGUGCUCUGGGGGCUGCCCUGCUCCUGGGUGCAGGUGCCUGCGCAUGCGUGGGGCCACGCGGAGGGGCUGGCCAAGGUGGUGCGCGGCCGCAUCCUGCAGGAGCAGGCCCGCCUCGUGUGGGUGGAGCGCGGCAGCAGCGCCGGGGGCAGCGGCGGCAGCAGCGAGGCCUGACGGGCCCCUUCUGGUGCCUGCGGCCUCCUCACACGCCCACGGAGCCCCCGGCGCGGACCCCGGUGUCUGCAGUGGAGCUGGGUCCUCCUCGUCCUGAGCCUUCCUAGACCCUUGGCCUCCCCGACGUGGGGCCCCCAGCUCUGGGCUUUCCCCCGAGCGAAUUUCCAGGAGCCCUCGGGGCGGAGCUCCCACCGCCCCCGUACUUGCUGCUCUGGGCCUUCAGUGCUCCCCGUGCCUCCGUGAUUCCAGUCGCGGGCCCCACGCACGUGUCUGUGUCCUUGUCCUCCUUGCCCCCCGGGAGCAUCUGAGCUCUCACUCCUGUGCACUGGUUUACACACCCAGGUUCUCACGGCAGGCACAUGAGGUCUCCUGGGUCCUCAUUCCCUUCUGUUCAAGGAACCCCCUCCCCCGCCCCGCGUGCCCCUCCCCCGCACCCCGCUCACGUUUCUUGUGUAUACCUCCACGUGUGGGCACCGUGGCUUCCCUGGCCCACCGGGCCCCUCACGUCUUCUCGUCACGUGUAUGUCUGUGGUUCUCUCCUGUGUAAAUGUCACACCCCGCCCCGUGACACUUGGGCACGAACCCUCGUGUGUGCCUGGGGAGGACACCGAGGACCAUGUUCUCACAGCGCCGUCUCCCUGCAGUGACCUGCCUCUCAGAGGGACAGUGGGGAGAAGGCCGGCUGCUCCGUCACCAGAAUGUACGGCCUGUUGAUUUUUAACGGGCCUUUUUCAUUCAGAUUCUGCACAUUAUGGAACAUUAAACAGUUUGUCAUAGAA